CAGUGCAGAGGCAAACAGACACUCAACCUGGGAAGAAGUUUUUCCUUGAUAGUAUUUAAACCCAGGUAAAAUAGAAAUCUACAAUUAUUCAUUGUUUUUUGAGGAGAGAGACAUGGCUGACAAGGAGAAAGAGAGAAGAUACCUUCAGAAGAGAAGAGCGUCUGGAGGAGAUGAAUGUGGAGUUAUACAAAAGGUUUCAGGAAACAGCUAUGAAACCCGUUUCAAAGACAAAGAAGGUACGCUCUCUGCACUGACUUCAAACCAGGAAAGGGUUUUGCAGACAAAGGAUCACACCAUCUCUCUUCCCGGUGGUGAAGUUCGACUGACUGUAAGUUCGAUUAACCCAACAGAGACUCCAGAUCAACCAAAGGCCAGUCAUUCACAGAUUUUCACAAAAACAAACUCGAAAAGUCUUGAGAAGAUUUACCAUUUGGAUGUUUUCCUCCUGCGCUACAUGACAGACAAUCCCAAAGCUUUCACAUAUCUACAAAAACAACUCUCUUCAAUCAGCUGCGAGGUGGACUUGAACUGUGAGGAAGAGAAGGCUGUGGUGAGGGGAGAUGUGGAGAGGGGCUCUGGAGGAGCCUUCAGAGGUGAUACAGAGAAAUGGGAGCAGCAAGUGAACCAGAUCAUCGUCACCAUCACCGAGGAGUAUGACUGCUAUCAUGUAGUCGAGGCAAAGCAAGUCCAGGUGUUACUGCAGGAUCUGUCCUUUGUGAAUGAAGACAUCAAGGUGUACAGAGAGAGCGGAUAUCCUGUGAUUGUGGGGAAAGCAGGGGCUGUGAAAGAGAGGGUCGCAAUCCUGACAAAGAGCCUGCCGAUCCGAAAGGAAAAGCCAAUCACAGAGAAUCAGCUAAAACUGAUAGAACAUGAGUUCUGUCAUGAAUUGCGUGCACACUAUCCAGAUGUUCAGCUCAGCAGAGGUAAAGGCAUCAUCGUCCUGGAAGGCCUGGAAGAUGAGGUGCAGUCUGGAGCCACAAAGCUCGAUGAACUCAUUGGCCAAAUCAAAGAAAGGAAUAUUCAAUUCCCAACACCUUUACUGAACUUCAUCAAUUUGAGUGGCGCCAUUUCCAAAUACCAAGCUCGCUUCUUUAGAAAUCCCGUCUCCAUAGAGAUGAGGCCGGACCUGGUUCUGUCCAGCCUGUCCGCUGAUGCUUUGGACGAGGUCCAGGAAGCGCUGGUGAAAGAUCUGACUGUGUCCACCAUCCAGCUGGAGGGAGCUGCAGCAGUUUCUCCACAUCUGGACAAACUGAAAGACAUCCUGAAUCAAGCCCAGAGCAAAGCAAACCGUGACGAGCUCAGAGUGGACGUCAGCUUCAUCCCGGGAAUCAAUGGAGCCAAAAAAGUACGACUUGUGGGCUACAGUGCAAAUGUGCUUCAGUUUAAAGACUUUAUUCAAAACUAUCAGCUGAACCAAGUGAUGAGUCAAGAUACAGUGAACCUGUCAAAUCCUGAAUUCGCUGAAUGCUUCGAUAAAAUCUUAGAUCUGACUGGUAUCAAGUCACCCAACGUGACUUUUAAAGUUUCUCCUUUACCAAAUCCUUGUGUGAUCCUGUCUGGUCCCCAUUGCAAAGUUCAAGAAGCCAAGCAGGCUUUACUUUCAGCUUUGGCCUCUUUGACGUCAGACACGUUGGUUCUGGAAGGCUCAGGAGCUCAGCGAUACUAUCAGACAACUGGUAAAGACAGCAACGAGCUGGUUGAGCACUCCUUCCGGAUUAUUAUCAGGGAACAGCGAUCUGUUGGUGGUACUGCUACCACUCACAAUGUGAGUUCUCCAAUCAACAAAGCCAAUGUAGCCAUCAAGCUUGGUUCUUUGGAAGAUGAGCAGGUGAAUGUUCUGGUCGUCCCCAUGGUCAACAUACGGCUGACUUCCACAAAGAUUGGCAACUGCCUUCUGAAGAAAGCUGGGAACGCACUGAAAUCAAAAUUCGACUCUCUGGCAUUGAACUGCAGACUCGCUCCUGGAGACAUUCUACAGGUUGACGGUCCUCCAUCGCUGGGCUGCUCAAAGAUCUUCUUCAUUGAGUGUUUACCUUGGGAUGGAGUUGGAGGCAUGAGUGUCCAGGCUCUUGGAAGAGGACUCAGACAGUGCUUGGAUCUAUGUACUCUGCAAGGCUUGAGUUCGUUAGCGUUUCCCAUUAUUGGGCCUGGAAUACUGUUAAAAUAUCCACUGGACACAGCCCUCGAAGUGCUCACUGAAGCUUUGUAUGGGUUUGGAUCAUCUGUGUCGUCCAGUUCGCUCUCCACCAUCAACAUCAUCAUCAAACCCCAGGACUCGGAGGAUGUAUUGUUCUUGACAUUUGAAGAGCAUCUCCAGCAAAUUUUUCCACACAGUGUGAUGCAUUCAGAGUCAUUUCUUCAGCAUAGAGAUGUGCAGAGAGAGCAACCCCCUGAGUUCAUUCCAGGCCACUCUUCUAGCAGUUUCACUGGAGAACAGUGCGUUUUCCUCUUCCUGGGUCUUUGCAGAAAGGAUGUUGACGAUGCCAUGAAUAAAGUGAAAGACCUCUAUCAGGCUCACUGCUCCACAAAAACCUUCCCCAAGAAGGACCUGGAGUACCUGACCGAGGCGGAUGUGACGGCUCUGCAGGAGCUGUUGAAGACCGAGGCUCUCCAUGUUCAGGAGGAUGAUCAGGGCGGUUUGACGGUGAGCGGGUUAAAAGUUGGAGUCAAUAAGGUGGUGCAGAUGCUUGAAACCACCAUUCCUCUUCGGAGAGAAAUGAAAUUAAAGGAGGAGGAAAAUCUCUACGCUCUCGUGACUUGGUGCAUCUUGGACCUUUAUGGUCAAUGGGAGGAACUCCCGAAAGCGGCACGCCAUGCCCUGGAAAGGGGAGACGUUGCAAAAGGCAUUGUGGAUAAACAGGGACACCAAUGGAGCAUGGAUCUGCAGAGGAUGGAGGCCACAAGAAAUGGAAGAACAACAAUGCUGAAACGACUGGAGAAUCGGGCAGACCUCAUACUUCCUUUGUAUUGGGACAACAUGAGCACGGGGGAAAACCUGAAAGUGGUGCCACUGCAGCCAAGUUCAACAGAGUACCGCACCGUGCUUUAUUCCUUCAAACGAACUGCCAACAACACUGUGAUAAAGAUUGAGCGCCUGCAGAACGUUCACCUGCGUCGCACCUAUCGAGUACAAAAACAGUACGUUUCUGAAAAGAACAAAGGACAAGGAACCAUAGAGAGGAGGUUGUUCCACGGGACGAGUCCAGAAACCUGUGGCUCCAUCAUGAAUCACGGUUUCAACAGGAGCUUCUCUGGAAAAAAUGGUACUGCCCUUGGUCAUGGAACCUACUUCGCUGUGAAUGCCAGUUACUCAGUUUCCUUUGCAAGUCCAGGAGCUGAUGGCUCUCAGACCAUGUUUCUGGCCCGGGUGCUGACGGGUUGCUACACUCAGGGAAACAGCAGCAUGAGAUGCCCUCCGUCUCGAAGCAGCCACGACCUUUAUGACUCUGUUGUUGACAGAACAGACAAUCCCAGCAUGUUUGUUGUAUUCAACGAUAACCAGGCCUAUCCCGACUAUCUCAUUACUUUUACUAGUUCCUCAUAAUGGAGAUAACACCGGUUUAAAUGUAAUACAUUUGAAACAGACUGAUCAACAAGAAGUCAGAAUUGUUAAUGAAAUGAUUUACUUUGAAUAUGUAAAGAUGGUUUGAAACCUUUUUCACUGUAACAUUAGUUAUCCUGUCAUGUACUUGCAUUAUUUUGAAGUUUGAUGUCAUGUUGAUCUGACAAAAAGUAUUUUUCAUAUUUUGUGUAACUUUGAAAUAAUUCAAUUUGAUGUGGAGCCUACAGAAUGACUUUGUAAAGUAUAAAACCUCAUUGGGAGUUAUGCUGUUGAUAAUUCAUGUACAAUGGAUGUGAAUGUUUUAGUAAAUGUAGAGGACAGAAACACUUCGAUCCGAGCUGAGAGAUCAGUGGUGCUGGAGUGAAAACGAGCAAACUUUUGAAAUGUCCUGAGCAUGAAAACUGGACUGUGAUAGUAAAUAUGCAUCAACAUGCAGGAAAACUGCAAAAUACCACAAACUGAAGACAUGAUUUUAUGACAUUUUGCUACAUUUUGUAUCAUUAAAAAUGUCAGUGUCAAAAUUGUACCUAUUUUUUAUGUGGUUUGUAAAUUCUAAAAAGUAUGAUAAUAAAUUCAGCGCAAACCUUUUUAUAAUGCACUUCAGUCUCUUUGCACUGAAACAAAGUAAACCAAAGCCGCAACUGAAGGAUUUUUUUUUCUGUAUUUUAUAUCAGAAAACACAACUGUAACAAUGUGCUGUCGUACUCUUAACAAAAAUAAAUGUGUAUAGUCAUGAUAUUCAGGUAGGAUUUCAUAAGUUUAAGCUGAUAUUUAUUGAAAUGCUUGGUUACAUUUCCUGUUUUGUCUUUAUUGAAUAUGGCCAAGGAAAACUAAAGGACCAAGCAAAGAUAAUUAUGAUAGAAAAUACAGAGCAACAGAAGCCUGAUGAACAUGCACUGAGACCUGUUACAAUGUUUUAUGAACAGUUUUUAGUCUCAUCAUGACAUCUAGAGGCAUUAUGUGGUAUUACUGCAGAUUAAUCAGUUCUUUCAUUGAUAGUUUUGGUAUUUUUAUUUAUUUAUUUUUUUUACAGAAUUAUCAUUCUGUCGUGACUGUGGGAGCCGCUGGGGGCUGCUGUACCAGUGACUGUGUCUGGCUUUCGGGAAGCAGGACUGCUUUGGGCCAGGUUCGGGGCUGUUCUGUGUGUUUUGUGGUGUUUAUUUGUGUUCUGUUUUGUUAUGAUUGUGUUUUGCUUACUGUUUGUGUGCUGUUGCCACAUUUUCUUUUACUUUUGUGUUCAUGUUUUGAGCACCGUGUG